AUGGCUUCCGGCGGUCUUUAUCCGACCCCUACGCCCUCCUGGUUCACUCUGGCCGACCGCCAUCACCUCGAGCGCGUCCUUGACGUGUCAGGCUACUCGGAUGGUCUCCCUGACUACUUCGACCGCUCAAAGCGCUACGAUCGGCAGCCUGGAGACCCGCUCGAUCGCAUGUUUGCUGCGCUUCCCACGCCGGCCGAUGACGAAAAGGUCACCUCUCCGGACGUAAAGCUUGAGAAGGGUAUCGCUGACUACAACCGCCGAUUUGUACUCGCCCUUUGGCCUUACGCGAACUCCUCACUCCAGCGUGUCGUCCAGAUUUCAAGCGACCCCAACGCCCAUGAUUACUGGUGGCUGACGCGGUUUGCCUUCUCUCUCCACGAACGGUCUGAUCUCUCCAUCCGUUGCACCUUCAGCCAGCUUCUCGGUCAACUCGCUGUCUCUGGCACUAUUCCAGUCAGCCCGGCCCCCGUCGCCGCCGAUGAACUCUCCGUACCUGGUGCCUAUCCUGCAUCUUCUUCUUCGAAUGAUGCAACCGAACUAUCCAGAAAGCAAGCCUGGCUUCGAUACACUCGAUUCAUCUACCAAGGACGACAUGACGAGGAUUCCGACAACUGUUUACAUCAAGUAGCUGCGAGUACAAAGUUGAAUGAUCUUCACGAGCUCUUUGAUGUGAACAAGUGCGCUUUCUGUCACGUUCGCUGCGCCAAUUCACCCAAUAGGUUGCGGCACUGCUCAGGCUGCCACAUCGAGGCAUUCCGCUACAUAAGGCGCGCCUAUUGUUCGGAGAAGUGCCAGAAGGCAGAUUGGUCAAACAAUCACUAUUACGCUUGCCAGAAGCGAAAGCACUUCCUCCGCGCCGUCGACAUGUUACGUGCGGUGGCUCAAAAGUUCCAGAGCUUUACCUAUUCCGAGCUUUUUACUGAUGCGGCAGUGACGAUGAAUCUAGAUGGAAGAGGAGACAUGCCCGCGACCGAAGACCUGGCUGACAAGAUGACUAUGAAGAACUCUCGCACCGUUUUCUCGUCAACAGUCGCAGCUUGUGGGCCCUGGCUUGGUCGAGAAGGUUUGGACUGGAAGGCAUGUCUGAAAACAGCGGACCCGGAUGUCAAGAGGAAGCUUUUAGCGUGGGACGCUACCGACAACAUCUACUACCACCUUCAGGGUUUGAUAUACCUCAUCCUUGCGCCAGUAGCACACUGCGAUGCGAUUGUCGAGAUGACCGUCCUCAGUCGCAACGCUGAAUGGAUUGCUUCCACUGCCGGCGACAUAUCGCGCGAAACCAAUGAGUUCCAGACCUCAAAAGGCAAAGAUCCUAUGUUCUGGCCUCGCCCAAUCCUCAGCUGCCAUAUCAGAGGCGCCUCGACGGAAGAAGGCGUGUACGUGAUUGACCUUCUUGGUUCAAAAGUUGGCCAUGAGCACAUUGUGCUCCCAUACGAUGCUUACGUCAAGUCUCGUCAUGUGUCUUGCCUGUCCUCGGUGCCCCUUUACCCUACCAAGAGAUGGGUUCCUCAUCCUUAUCCUGUCGAACAGAAGGGCCUCGUCGUCACUCGCGACGGUAUUUCAGAGGCUCUUCGGUCGUCGAUCAUGAGAUACUUCGCCCAGCACUGGGCGGACAUGAAGGGGCCAGGGCACCUGGCCAAGUUGAAGGACGAGCCGUACGAAGUCUAUCUCCAGCACUUUCUGAAAUUGACAGAUAAGAUUCUGGAGGACGCUACCGCAAAGAGUCGUGCUGCCGGCCACUGCCAACGAUACCUCCACCACGACCCCAACCCGUAUUCGCACGAGUACACGAUCGGAAUGACAUGGAGAGAGGCCGAGGUUUCUGUCUACAAGAACGUAUGGAUGAAAGCCAAUGCGCACAAGACUAUCAUGGGUACCAUUAGCGAGCAGAACAAAAGACUACCGGCCGGGUCGGAGACGCGCCGCCUUGUCCUUAUGUGGAUCGACCGGUUGGUGAAGCACCGCCAGAAGCAUCCAUUUGAUGCCGCAGACAUCCUAGGAUCGAAGCUGUCCAAGCACUACAAUCUCGCUGGAGAUUUUGGUCUCGAAGAGACACGUGCGAUCGAGUCUUCGUUUCUACAGUGGAGCGGUGUCCCGAAGCGUGAGGUUGAGCGAUUCUUCACCUUCUGCGAAAAGAUGCUCGGUGGCAACAAAUUGGACGGCCCCAUCACACCUGAGCUGUUCCGCACUCUGACGAGCCCAAAUGGAGCAAUAGACUUCAUGAAGAAUAUGACCCCAGACGAAGCUCAGAUGUUCCUUGGUAUCGGUCACUUGAUGAUGAGCCCAAAUGCAUCUGAUACCAUUGAACACCUGCAGGCAAAGCUCCACGGCCUGAACAUUGCUAAGAAGUGA